AUGAUUGAAGCUGCUUGCAACCGAAGCAAUCAAAAUGACAUAAUAUUUCUCACAAAGGAAUCGAUUGAAAAUAUGCCUGUUAUACUGGCUUCCAGUUCGUCAAUAAUUGACACACCAGUUGAUGUUGCGGCAACAUCUAAUGCUAUUACAGAAUUGGUCAUGGAAAUGCAGCCACUAGCUGAUGGGGCAUUAACAUCUGAUGCUUUUACAGAAGUGAUCAUGGAAAUGGAACCAAUAGCCUAUGGUUCGUCUCUGUGUUCCCGUCCGUUAACAUCGGUUACUGAGGAAUGCAUGGAAUCAUCCGGACCAGCUACAACUUCACAGGCUUACACCACGUUAUGA